AUCUGACACGAUGGCGUCUGAUGACUUUGAUAUAGUGAUUGAGGCCAUGCUGGAAGCUCCCUAUAAAAAAGAGGAGGAGAUUCAGACGAUCAACACCUGGCUAGAUGAUCGAGAGCUUUGAUUUCUUCCUUGUCCACCUUUGUUCUUUUUGCCCAAUGGAAUCUGUGUGUCUGCCACCUUGUACCUUGUGACAUUUUCCUGGCGAACUCCUCAGGAUGAGCAGCAAAAGAAAGAGGUUAAAAAGGACAGUCCUAGCAAUACCACCAGCAGCACCGGCAACAGUGGCAGUGGUACCAGUGGGAGCACCACCACUGGGGAGACAAGCAAGAAGAAGAGGAGUCGGAGCCAUAGCAGAAACAGGGAUAGAAAGCGCAGUCGCAGCCGAGACCGGGACCGGCAUAGGCGGAGAAACAGUCGGAGCCGAAGUCGAGAACGCCAGCGUCAUCGCCGUAGCCGCAGCCGAAGCUGGGACCGUCGGCAUAGUAGUGAGUCACGAAGUCGGGACCGGCGUCGUGAGGACCGAGCCCAGGUAUGGCCAGAGUAAGAGUCCUCACAUCAGAGAGAAGAGCCCAGUCAGGCAGCCAGUGGAUAACCUGAGCCCUGAGGAGCGUGAUGCCCGCACAGUUCUCUGCAUGCAGUUGGCUGCCCGCAUUCGGCCUCGAGACUUGGAGGACUUUUUCUCUGCUGUUGGCAAGGUUCGUGAUGUGCGGAUCAUCUCAGAUCGGAACUCACGUCGUUCUAAGGGCAUUGCCUAUGUGGAAUUCUGUGACAUCCAGGCUGUGCCACUGGCCAUUGGACUGACUGGGCAACGGCUGCUGGGGGUCCCUAUCAUGGUACAGGCCUCACAGGCUGAGAAAAACCGACUGGCAGCCAUGGCCAACAACCUGCAGAAGGGCAGUGGUGGACCACUGCGCCUCUAUGUGGGCUCCCUGCACUUCAAUAUCACUGAGGACAUGCUCCGGGGCAUCUUUGAGCCCUUUGGCAAAAUUGAUAACAUUGUCCUGAUGAAGGAUUCAGAUACAGGCCGCUCUAAAGGUUAUGGUUUCAUUACGUUCUCGGAUUCUGAGUGUGGCCGGCGGGCCCUGGAGCAAUUGAAUGGCUUUGAGCUUGCUGGUCGACCUAUGAGGGUUGGCCACGUGACUGAGCGACCGGAUGGUACCACAGAUAUCACUUUUCCUGAUGGUGACCAGGAGCUGGAUCUGGGAUCCCCAGGUGGACGAUUGCAGCUCAUGGCCAAACUAGCAGAAGGCUCUGGAAUCCAGCUGCCAACCACAGCAGUGGCUGCUGCUGCUGCCCAGGCUGCCGCCUUGCAGCUGAAUGGAGCAGUUCCGUUGGGGGCCCUGAACCCAGCAGCUCUGACCGCUCUGAGUCCAGCCCUGAACCUCGCCUCCCAGGCAAUUGCCUCCCAGUGCUUCCAGCUCUCCAGCCUCUUCACCCCCCAGACCAUGUAAAUCACUGGCACAGUAAACUGCCUCCGUGGGUCCCUGGGUCCUGCCAGUCUCUUCUCCACGUCUAUUUUUCUGCUGCCCCCAUCUCCAUUUUGAGGACCAAGCCAUUCUGAAUGCCUGGACUUUGACUCUGGAGGAACAAGGGCCACCCUUUGACGCCAAGAGGAGCUCCUGCCUGCAGCCCCACUGGGAGUGGACUCUGCUGAGCACAGCCCCCAGUUGAAGAGUACAGAAUCUACCAUGCACUGAGUCCCUAUUUCUCCAUGUAUAUCAUCUCCUGAGAAUGACCUUCUUGCCUUUCUAAACCCGUUAGUGACUCCCCCAUCCCUCUUGUGUUGGGAAAGCCGUGGGGCAUUAACUGAAGGAACUACUCUCUCCUUUUCCUACGGUUUACCCUGUAACCUGUCAUGGAAAUGUCUUAGGAUCUCUAAAUCAAGAGGACUUGGGAGUUUGGGAAGUGAACCUAGAAGAUGUUGACUUUAUGCUACUAACUGCCUGGAAGGUAGCCUGGACAUGUGCAUUGUAAAGCCUGCCUUAGAUCUCAGCUUGGUGCGGCUCGAAGCCAGAGCUACCAUAGGCUCAGCCACUUGCUGAGAGGCGCAGGAGAGGUCUGUCCUGCCAGGCAAUUAGAAUGCCUUAGGGGUUCUCAGGAGUUGGUAAAAGGUGGGUUCCCUUUCCAGUAAUUUCCAUCUUCCUUUGUGUAGUUGACCUACUUCCCAGGGCCUCCCUUUGGCCCAUGGUGGGAUACUGGAGAGGAUGCUGCUACUCUCCACCGCUUCUGUAUGCCUCUACUGUGGCCUCAGCCCUGGCGGUUAGAGCUGCUCCUGCCCCCUGUCUGGAUCCACAUGAGCCCUUACUGGAUUUUAUACCCUGUGUCUGUGUACAUAAAUAUAUAUAUACACACACACAUAUGUAUGUAUGUAUACAUAUAUAAACUUGAUACAAAAGGCAAGCCCUCUUGUGGUAACUGCUGCCCAUAUAUGUAUGGUCUCUAAAGUCAGUUGGUAUCUGAUGUUAAAUUCUCACGCGCCAAAACCCUGAUGAUUCUAGGCAUAUAAAACAUUUUUCAUGUCAGUGA